AUGGCAGCAGCGCGGGCUCAUAUUGUCCCAGCAAACGGGUUGACAGUACUUGUUGAGCCUGAGGUCGCCUCAAUCGAAACUAACCAGCUUAGCAUCGUAUUCGUCCACGGAUUUACCGGCCAUCCCGAGCGCACUUGGCUCCAGAAAUCGCCUUACACUUACCAGAAGCAAGCCAGCUUUGGAACCAAGAACGUACGGUCUUCGAGGUUUCGAGGCAUAUUAGAUAGCUUGAAAGGACGGCCGGAGAACAAUGUUUACUGGCCCAGAGAUUUGCUGCCCGCUAUUAUCCCUGACGCAAGAGUCCUGACAUAUGGGUACGAUACGCGAAUCAGCCAUCCGUUCGGCCCGCAGAGAAGCCAGUCUGGGGUUUACGCCAUCGCUCGGGACUUUUUAUGUGAACUCGAGGGCAGGCGUCAAUCUCCGGGUCGGCCAAUUAUAUUCGUUGUCCACAGUCUUGGAGGUAUUGUUGUGAAGGAGUUGUUGAAAGCAUCCUCUGAGAGCCUUGACGAGCGCGCCUUCUUGAAGGACGUUCACGACUCAACGGCAGGGGUUUUGUUCUUCGGCACACCACAUGCUGGUGCUGACCCACGAGGACUGGCGCACCACAUUGUCCAAUCGAUCGCUAGAGCGAUGCGGAUCUCAGCCAAUUCUCAGGUACUCGACACACUGCUGCCUUCUUCCGAACGACUUGAAGAGCUCAGAGAUCAUUUCAAGCCAAUGGCUAUUCGCCAAAAUUGGUUGAUAUACUCCUUCCAGGAAGCUCUUCCGGUUCAGUUGCUGGGCAAGAAAGUAGUCGAAGACGUCUCGUCGUGCCUAGAAAUACCUCAGGAGAUCAGGCAACACAUCCAUGCCAACCAUAUGGAGAUGUGCCGCUUCAAUGAGCUGGAAGACCCGCAAUUUCAAAAAGUCAAGCAUGCUCUGCGCAGGCUUGCCGAAGCUGCCUUGGCUCGAACACGAGCUACAUCACCGGGCCCUCUUAUGGAGUCGGACGCGACUGAUCUCACGGAAGAGCAAAAGAAAGUCUUGAUUCAGUCCUUGGCAUUCGAGCAGCUAGAUGCGCGCCAGGGCAGUAUCAAAAAAGCACACGACAAGACAUCUGAACGCCAUUGCUGGGAUGUAGGUAUCCUCCAAGAGCUUUUGGAAGCGGCUGUUGAACAUUUGGAAAAUCAUUCGGUUACGUUCUUCAUCGACGCCCUAGAUGAAUGCAAAGAUUCCGAUGUUCACGACAUGAUCGACUUUAUGAGACGCGUGAGCCAGAAAGCUGUUCUAUUCGGAAGUCAGGUGCGCACAUGCUUCUCUAGCAGACAUUAUCCCAUCAUCACACUGGAUAGAGGUAUCGAGGUUGUCCUAGAAAACCAGAGUGGCCAUGCCGAGGAUAUCAAGGAGUAUAUCGAAGCGAAACUCAAGCUCGGAAAGGCUGAAAAAUGCUGCGCCAACUAUAUCGAUCAUGUAUUCAACUCGAUUGAGAUGAAGAACUUUGUAGCCAAGGACUUGCCAGUAGCCCAUACUACUACUGAGAGCCGGCUUCUACGAGAAACUUGCGAGCGCAUGUUCCCAUUCUUGCGAUAUGCCGUUCAACACGUCUUUCACCAUGCGGAAAAGGCUCAGCAGGCAGGGCUUCCGCAGAACAAAUUUCUCCGCGACUUUCAGUUCCAGCACUGGCUCAGCGUACUCAAUAUCCUGUUGGGCCGCCAGACGCGCCGUUACAAGCAGAGUGGUCUUGAUUGCCUUUUGGCAGAAGGCAACCGGCCUGCACUACUCGAACUCGUUUGGGGCCAUACUCAUGCGCCCAAGCACGCAUGCUUUGUCAACUCUGGCGCGCAUUAUCAUUACGGUUCGCCACUCAUGGUGGCCGUGGCCCGCGACAACAGAGACGUCUUGAGAAAGAUACUCGAUAUGCAAGCUUCAUACUGUGGCUUCGAGGAUCUCAUUCCUGACGUACAACGCGAAUGCGACAACGCACCGUCUCCACUGGUUCCAGAUGGGCGUGAAUUCGACUUUCAACCUCACAUGCGGAAGGCGGAGGGUAAUGCACUGUUAGCUACAUCGGAUCUAUUCGCCGCAUCCUCCACGCUGUUGCAAAUUUUCGCGGCUGUCUCGUGGCAUUACCAAGACUUCUCGAGCCAUGUAGAUCACCUCAUCCGGCAUCUUCUGAGUAACAGAAAUUCGCUUGCUCUGAAGGUUUUGUCCAGGAGCCCGAAACUUCGAUCAAAGUCUGGUCACGUUUUCAAGGCCGGUACGCCGCAUCUGGUAGAAGCCUGCAUCUCAAAUCACAAAAGGACGGUAACUAUGCUGCUAGAAGUCGAUGCGCAGUUGGCCAUGAGUAAAGACGACUCGGGCAUCUGCACGUUGACCCAUGCCUGUCAAGCAGGCUACCCUGAAGUCAUCGCAGUAGUGCUCGAAGCGAGCAAGAGCGCGCGGCGUGAUUCGAUCCAGGGUGGCGUCGAUGCGCCCGACCAUGCCGAGGAGCACCAGGCGUGCGAGGAGUUGGCGGAGCUUCUGGUGAAGCACAGCGAUCACGACUUUUCAACGUCGAACAUGUCCGCGCUCGCUUACUAUGCCACCAAAGGGUCAGACGUCAUGGUGGAAGCGUUAUUGCGCAGCGGAGCCGCAGCAGACGCCGCUCCAUGGCAAGGAACCGAUCCCCUGACCUGUGGCAUCGAAGGAGGCCAUACAGGCAUCGUCAGAAUAUUACUCAAUGCCGGAGCAUCUGCGAAUGCUUCGUCAAGAUUUUGCCAGGCCCCCCUUGCAAUGGCAGCCAGCCUAGGGCAUGAUACGAUCACAGCAGACUUGCUCGGUGCAGGAGCAGAGGUUAAUCACCAGUCCAUCGACGGCCGAACCGCACUUUCCCAUGCGGCCGAAAAUGGCCACCACGCAAUAGCUAUCCAGCUGUCGCAGCGAGGAGCUGACGCAAGGCACGAGUCCGCAUACGGGAGAAACGCACUUUCCUACGCUGCUGAGAAUGGCCACGAGACGAUCGUGGAUCUCCUGCUCGUGGAACAUGGCCACGAGGCCAUCUCAGGAGCAGAUGCCACUCCGCAACACGCCAACUGUCCACAACUUGUUCCAACUCCCUCCCAGCAGUGUGCGUCCACGGAACUCAAAAGCCUCCUCACACCACUGCACUACGCGGCAGGAGCGUGCCACAGCGGCAUCGUCGACCGACUGCUGGAGAGAGGAGCCGAUGUCGAGUCCCGGAACGCCUGGUCGCAGACCCCACUGGUGUUCACCGCCGCAGCAGGCCAUGCGAACUUUGAUGUCCUCUCCCUCGCCAUGGGAUCCACUCAGAUGUCCUCUCCGCAGGACACUGCGCGUUUCUCGCCGGCUGACAGUAUCGGCUUUGCCCACGCAUCAACUCCAGAGAUGGAAUCGGGAACGGUCCCGGGUGGAGAUGCCCUGACGUUGGAGGCCGAGGCCAUUCGCUCGAGGCGCCCUCACACGCUCGAGCUUCUCCUUCUCCACGGAGCACUCAUCGACAGUGCAGACCACGACGGCCAUACGGCGGUGGCUUGGGCUGCUGCACGAGGUGACACGGAAAUGCUCAAGCUUCUCAUCGAGAGAGGCGCGUCGGCUGAUGUGACGGACAAUCUGGGGAGGACGCCAUUGAUGCACGCCAUCAGGUUUGGGCACGCCAAGGCCGUUGCCUUCCUGCUUCAUACAGGCGAAGCUGCUGCUGCUGACCCGAAGACGUUGGUCCCGGCAGCUGGACGGGAAGAAGCUGAAGACCGGCACUGA